ACCCUCAGGGGAGCUGCGGAGCGGGGCUCUCUGUCGUAGGCGGAUGAUGCGCGCUGGCCGCGGGACCCGGAGCCGCUGAGGACGCCGCCGAGGGAGCCACCAUGUCGCAGCACCAGCGCGGCCUGCAGGGUCGCGCCAUGAGCGCCGAGGAGAGGAGCUCCACCCCCGUCCACAAGACCUCCACGCCCACGCACAAGAGCGCCUCGUCCUCCUCUUCCUCACAGCGUGACAGCCGCCCGGAGGCAGACAGCUGGGAGAUCAUUGAGGGCCUGAAAAUCGGCCAAACCAACGUCCAGAGACCAGACAAACACGAGGGCUUUAUGCUGAAGAAGAGAAAAUGGCCACUCAAAGGCUGGCACAAGCGCUUUUUUGUUCUGGAUAACGGGAUUCUGAAGUACUCCAAGUCCCCCAUUGAUGUUCAGAAGGGAAAGAUGCACGGCAGCAUUGAUGUGGGCCUGUCGGUGAUGUCCAUAAAGAAGAGGGCGCGUCGGAUCGACCUGGACACCGAGGAGCACAUCUAUCACCUCAAGCUAAAGUCUCAGGAGGUCUUCGACGCCUGGGUGUCCAAACUGCGCCACCACCGCCUCUACCGGCAGAACGAGAUUGUCCGCUCGCCCCGGGACGCCACCCUUCGAGCGUUCCCUCCCCCCUCCAGCCCGGACUCCCCCCAGCCAGCCCCCUCCACGGGGCAUGAAGCAAAGGCGAAACCCAGCAGCCUGACCUGGCAACCCGCAGCCCCCAGCAGCGGCAGCAGCCUGACCUGGCAACCUGCCGUCCCCAGCAGCGGCAGCAGCCUGCCGGCCUCCUACAGUAACGGGCAGAGCAAGGUGGCGGCCUGGCUGCAGGAGUCCGAGGAGAUGGACAGGUGCGCUGAAGAGCUUGCACACUGCCAGUCCAGCCUGAUCGAGCUCAGCAGGCUGCUGCAGAACCUGGAGAUCAUGCAGAGGACCCAGUCAGCACCCAACUUUGCAGACAUGCAGGCUAAUUGUGUAGAUAUGUCAAAGAAAGACAAGAGAGCCAACAGAAGAUGGAGAGCAAAAAGUGUCAGCAAAGAUGCAAAAAUGCAGCUUCAGAUUCCUCUGAGUGCCACCAUGUCCCAAAUGAGGCUGCACUCCUCCAACCCCAACCUGUGCGCUGACCUGGGGGACUUCCAGGCCCCCGUCGGCCGCCUGUCCGGUGCCAUCGAGUGUUCCGCCGACUACACCAAACUGCAGGGGGACUUCUGCCACAUCGCCCAGAAAGUUCACUCCCUGCUGAAGUCUGCCUUCAACACGGUCGCUAUAGAGAAGGAGAAGAUCAAGCAGCUCUUCUCCGAACAGGAGCAGGCAGGACAGACGGCCCAGGUCAUCACCCUGAGAAGGUCUUUAUCACAGGCACUGACCCAAAAUGCAGAGCUUCGCAGCCGACUGCACCGCAUCCACUCCGAGUCCAUCCUGUCUGAACCGGUGGUCAGUGUGAACAUCAUCGCCAGCUCUGACGAGCCCAACGAUCAGAUCCACGCGGGACUCCCCCUCUCCCACCAGCCCUCCCACGAGAGCAGGCUCUCCAUGUCUGAGUCCGUGUCUGAGUUUUUUGACGCCCAGGAAGUGCUUUUGUCAGCGAGCUCAUCGGAGAAUGAGGCCUCCGACGAUGAGUCAUACGUCAGCGACGUGAGCGAUAACAUUUCGGAGGACAACGCCAGCGUCACGGACAACAUUUCCAGGCAAAUGCCCAACGGUGACCUCACGGGGGGCGCCUUCCGGAACGGGCGGAGGACGUGUCUCCCCGCCCCCUCCCCGGACAUCAGCAACAUCAACCUGUGGAACAUCCUGCGGAACAACAUCGGGAAGGACCUGUCCAAGGUGUCCAUGCCCGUGGAGCUCAACGAGCCGCUCAACACGCUGCAGCACAUGUGCGAGGAGCUGGAGUACUCCGAGCUGCUGGACAAGGCCGCCGACACCGACGACCCCUACGAGCGCAUGGUCAUUGUUGCUGCUUUCGCAGUCUCAGGAUAUUCGUCCACCUACUACAGAGCAGGAAGUAAGCCAUUCAAUCCACUGCUCGGAGAGACGUAUGAAUGUAUCCGGGAAGACAAGGGGCUUUGCUUUUUCUCUGAACAGGUGAGCCACCAUCCUCCCAUCUCUGCGUGUCACUGUGAAUCCAAAAAAUUCACCUUCUGGCAAGAUGUCCGGUGGAAGAACAAAUUCUGGGGGAAAUCCAUGGAAAUCUUACCUGUCGGGACGGUCAACGUCAUGCUUCCAAGGUUUGGCGAUCACUACGAGUGGAACAAAGUCACUACCUGUGUGCACAACAUCCUGAGCGGGAGACGCUGGAUCGAGCACUACGGGGAAAUCACCAUCAGGAACAUGAAAGGCACUGCCUGCAUCUGCAAGCUCACUUUCGUCAAGGGAAAUUACUGGAGUUCCAAUGUGAACGAGGUUCACGGCGUGGUGGUGGACCAGGAGGGCAGGGUGGCGCACCGCCUCUUUGGGAAGUGGCACGAAGGCCUGUACUGCGGCGUCCCGCCAUCGGCCAAAUGCGUCUGGAGGCCAGGCUCCAUGCCAACAGACUGUGAGCUGUACUACGGUUUCACCAGGUUCGCCAUCGAGCUCAACGAGCUUUGCCCCGAAAUAAAAGACUUGCUGCCGCCCACAGACGCCCGCUUCAGACCCGAUCAGAGGUAUCUGGAGGAGGGGAAGGUGGAGCUUGCAGCCUCAGAGAAGCAGCGAAUCGAGGAGCUGCAGAGGGCCAGAAGGAAGUGGAUGGAAGAGAACAACAUCAAACACCAGCCCCGCUUCUUCAAGAAAGUCAUCGACUCCAAUCAGAGGGAGAGGUGGGUCUCCAACAACAGUUACUGGGAGCUCCGCAAAACGCCCGGCUUCAGCAAACUGGAAAACCCUCAGCUCUGGUAACAUUUGGGCGGCUGUGCUCAACACAUCAUCAUUUCUGAGAGAGAAACCUCGACCUAUGCACAACAUUUUACUGCUUCUGUCUCUGCGACAUCACCGCAGUCCGCCCGGACACAUAUGACUGCAUGAUUGGAAGUGAACUGACUCCGCCUCUCGAACCCGCAGCAGUGUCUCACUGAGGCAUGCUCUAGGACCGCUGGCCCGGCAGAGGCUUGCAGAGAUAUAGUUGUCGGG